CGAUUCAGUGGGAUUGUAUAGGGUCAACGGGGUCCACAGACUACAUGUCCUCACCCACUCGGCAUGCCAUCAGCAGCUCCGCCUCCGCCCACGCCCAUGGCACUGAUGCAUAAGAUAGAUCGAACGAUGACGCAACUUCUGUGGACUACAGUCUCCCCUUGACAAGCAUAUUGUCUGGCGGCCAAACACAACGAGAGAGAAGACGCUCCUCAAAUCUAAAGAAAACAUGAAGCAUGCUGUUUUCCUGACUCUGUGCUUGGCCCUCCUGGUCGAGGUUUGUGCUAAGGGGAAAGGGGGAAGCUGGGGAAGCAGAGUGGGUGGAAGCAAGUCAGGUUGGUUCUCUGGGUCCUCAUCCUCAUCUUCUUCAUCUAAAGGAACCUCCUCUUCUUCAUCUAAAGGAACCUCCUCCUCUUCCGGAGGUAAGACAGGAUCAAAGUCCACAACGUACUCCACUCCUAAUAAGCAUGUGAAAGAUCUGAGUGGGCGUGGAUGGGGGGAACACUACCCAACUCGAAAUACAAACACGAACUGGCGCCAACAAAACAAUAACCCUUACCCCUACUGGAAUCCCAACAACCAAAUCAUGAGUCCACGCUACAGCGGUAACUACGCUUAUGGGGCCUACGGCCGUGGCUACGGUCAGGGUGGCUCUCCAUUUGCCCACAAAGUGCAGAGCAUGGGCUACAAUCCCUCUGUCCAGUCUCAGGGCUUUGGCCAACAGGCUGUGGUGGCAGCUGGCACUGGGGCUGUGGCUGGCAUGGCUGUGGGCUAUGGCUUGGGCAGUUUCCCGCGCCCCCACUACCACUUCCACGACUCAAAUCAGGAAUCCUCCUACAACCACUACAUGUACCAACACUAUGGGUCCCAGGAGACCCGCAACACCAACAAGCGCACACACACCCAUGGCCAAAGUAGCGCUGGCAGUGGGGCCCAGCAAGGCAUUGGCGACAGCAGCAGUUCUGGUGGCACCAACAGCUAUGAUGAUGAUAACCGUCCUCUAGUUCUCCUUAAAUCUCCUCCAGAGUCUUAUGGCAACUAUAUGAGCACCUGUAUGAAGAGAAGGGAUUUGCUACAGUCAGAGCGCACAGGGAAUCAAACCCAAUCCCAAAACAUGACCAAGGCUGGAGCACCGUCAACCACUGCCAUGCCUGAGGAUGCUGCCAAUCCUUCUCAGGAGGUGAAGAAAGGGGCAGGGCAAGAAAACGAAACAGAGGAGAAGGGAGCUGAAAAGAAAGAGGAACAUGAUGAGGUGGUCAGCAUCCUGGAGAUUGGCUAUCCGGCUUUGAUCGAGCAGCUCAAAGCUCGUAAAUGUGUAAAGCUCUAUACGGUCUACACUCAGGAAGUUGCAAAGAAACAGUACAGAGAACAGCAGGCUUACAAUCACAGCGCAAAGCCUGCAGGAGUGCACUUCAUUAGCAGUUCUCUCUUAUGCCUGAUGGGUUCUCUUCUCUUGUACUGAGAGAAAAGGACCAUGAAGUUGAGACCGUAUUGAAGAUGACACGAAUGUUGACAGUGACAUGAUUUACAGAGAGUGAGUAAAAUUGUUAAGAGUAUGUAAUAGAAAUAGGGAUGUAAAGGACUUAUUCAACCAAAUAUUCAGAAUUGCAUCAUUGUUUUAUUGUUUUAAAUGUGUGCAUACUAAUACGAUUUCAAAUAAUUUCUUACAAGCUCCUCAGCAUGGUAAUACUAUGUUUUCAACAGAUAAAGGCACUGUUCCAACUCCUAGCUUAAGUAAAUGUGAUGUAUUAGCGUAGCAUAUAGCAUUUAUAGAAUAUGGAGCAAGAAAUAUAUAAAUAUGGACCUAUUGCUAAUUUUAAAGCAGAACUUAAUCAUCUGCUCAGCUAAUUUCUAAAGUAGCCUACCUUCUUAAUACCCAGUCAGUGCCUAUAUUUCAUCAUCAUCGUACAGCCAUGUAUGAUUUAUACAGAACAGAACUAUACUUGGUGAAACUCAAAAACAAAGAAAAACAUUUAAAACAAAUUGCCAGUUAGUGUCUUUGGAUGUAAUGCUACUGCCCCAACAGAUGGCAGAAAAUAAACUUGCACUUGGAACAACACUCUGAUAAAACAUCUGCAACAUUUUGUUGCACACAUUAAAUGACCUAAGUUUUCUCAAGAAAUAGAGUCUGCUCUGACCCUUCUUGUAUACAGCCUCAGUCUUGUACCUCCAAUCCAGUUUAUUGUCUAUAAGAACCCCCACAUGUAGUUCUCAACAACUUCUACUUCCUCACCCAGUGUUGAAAUGGGUAUUUAGCUCAGGCCUGGCCCUCCUCAAGUCCACCACCAUUUCCCUUGUCUCAGCCACAUUGAAGACAAGGUUACCAGUGUUGGGCUGCUUGUACUUUACUGUGCGUAUUAUACUGGAAAUGUACUCUUAAUAUCACCUUGCUGCCUCUCUUUACAUUAACCUGACCAAAUUGGCCACACAUGCAUCAGGUUUACUGUCAAAUUUAGCACUUUUAUCUGUAUUUUUACUUCCAUUUUUUAGUGUUGUAUUAUUUAUUAAUAUACUUUUAGAUGGAGUGAUUGAUAUAUUUUGAUGUACUUUGAUGAUAAAAUACCUAAUAAUUUAGCAGUUUUUAACCUUGAGCCUUGAAAAUCCUGUCGCACCAUGAUAUCCCAUGGGUCAUUCUGGACUGUAUUUCAACAACCGAUGUGGUUACAGUUGGGAAACGUCUGAGUUUAUAUUGUAGGCAUGAAUGUACCAAUGUAGACUGUUGUGACUGUCUAAAAGUGUUCAAGAGACGCUUAUAUAUUGUAAUGCUGAAUGUUACUUGUUCACUGUACUUAACAGAAAGUGUUUUACUGUGCUUAACUGUAAUAUAUAUUGGGGAAAUAGGAAUAUCUAAAUAGGAAUCGGCCAGGGCACCAGAAGUUACACAGUAGGCUAAUGAAUGAUAUGUAUAUGGGCUGUGUGUGUGUGUGUGUGUGUGUGUGUGUGUGUGUGUGUGUGUGUGUGUAUUUAUGAACAUUAGUGACAACUAACGAGUGUGCAGAAACUGGAGAGUGGCUAUAGUCAAUGGGGAACAUGACAGAAUGCCAAAUAAAGUGGACACUAUGAACAUUCCUAUUCCAUCUAUGUUGCAUUUACGAAACUGUGCCUUUCAGAGCAUCCACUAUGCAUGUAUGUAACCAGUAGGGACUAACACAGUUUUCCCAUAUGUUGAGUGCCUUGUGUAAGGAUGAUACUGUGUAGCUGCUAUGUACUGCUAUCACGUUUAUGCACUUCUAUUGCCAUCAACUUUAGGCAUGUUUAGUACUGUCUGCACUGUGUAGUUAAAAGUAUUGACACUGAAUUUAAA